GACUGUGUUUAUUAGUGGACAGCAUCUUUUCUUUGAGGCUGCAUCCUCCCCAGGUGAUGAUGCUGAGAUCUCCAUCCCAAAGCAUGACAUCAUUCGCGCUCAGUUUGUGAAUGUGGAAGAAGAGGGGGGCGUUCAAUACUGCAAAUCACAGACUGUGGUUGCACGGCUGUUGUUGCAAAGGGCGUGGGCAUUGUUUUAUUUCAUACUUCAGUCUUUUCCACACAGCGAGCCUUCAUGGAUCUCCCGGGGUAAUGGGAUAUAUAUUCUCCACCACCUCGCUGCUGUGCGUGAGCAUCGUCACCUGCUUGAAAUCGACGAAUAACGGAUGAUUCUCGGUGUUUAUUCAGCCUGCAGGAGCGACUGGUACUCGAACGCACCACUUGCGGUAGAUAGACCGUAUAAAAUGCCUUGAAAUUCAAAUGGAUGAUAAAAAAAAUCUGUAUAAGGAUAUCUCCUUUAGCAUUCACGCGCCUUAUAUGGCUUUGAUCAGCUGUAUAUAUUUAGGAGAAUAGUUUGAUGAUCAGUCAGAGAGAUGGCAGUGAGCAUAACAGAGCCGCUCUGCCUGCCUUGCGUUUAUCAUGCAGCCUUUAAAGUGGAGCUACAGGUGAAGAGACCUCUGAUGCCGGUCCAGCUGAGUCCAGAGCAGGUGGGCCUGGAGAUGUUGUGUCUGUGUGGGCAGCUGGAUCUCCUCAUCAGGGCACAGAUGCAGCAGUUCCAGGAGCAGUUAGGACAAGGCUGCAGCCCAGAGGAGUCAGACACUUUCCAGACUCAAGGAUCAGAUAUUCUUGACCAGAUGCUGCAGUGCCUUGAACACCUACCAAAGCCUAUGCCACAGCUAGAGGACUACCUGGACCUGACGGGUCUCUCAGUAAUGUUUCCUCGGGUGGAGGUGUUUCUCAUUCAAGGCAGCCCGGUGGAGAUGCUGGAGAGGCCGCCAAUGGAUGAAUACUUCUUCCACAUAGCCAGACUGAACCAGCUCCUGGUGCUGAGUCAACAGCUAGAAGAAGAUAUCCGACAUCUUGGAAGUCAUAAAUACAUCGCCCACCAGCUCUCAGUCAUAUAUCAAGUGGUCAGCUCUUUCAGAGGGAUUCAGGCUUUCUCUGACAUAAAGAAAGACAUUGAGGCCAACUUCAAACAGAUGAAACAGUGUCUGGUGGCCGAGGAAGGCUCCAGGCAUGAACCUCAGCUGGCUGCUCACUACAUCAACUGGAUAUUAGAGAUAACUCAAAUCUUAACAUCCACGGUGUUGUCUCUACCGGAGGAGCUGACAGAUGACAUUCACCAGGCCGUGACCUUCGUGUCUCAGUAUCUGUCCUGACUGAGUGACCCUGAAAAACGCCUCUGUGUCUAUGAACCUAUGAACCCUAAUGUUUUGAUGCACCAGGUUUCUCCAGGAGUACCCUGCUCCUACAUGAACUGAGUUAGUAACGACUGUGAAAAGGUGCUACAACAUUUUAUGAACCUGAUUCAUGUUGGGAUUUGAGAGCCUACUUUAUUUACAACUCAUGUAGGUUUUUAUAAUGUCCUCAUGUAUGCUGUUUGGAGAUGAAUGUAAACCUGGUGAAUCCCUCCUUGCACUACUGGUAUAACUACUGUUAUGAAUUCCUUUUAUACUUAAAGUGGAAAAGUAAAGUUAAAUGCAAUAGAGA